CCCAGCCUUAAUUGUUAGUUUUGUUUAAGUAAAUGUUUAAAUCACUUUGAUUAAUUAAAAAAAAAAACAUUUAAAGAUUACUAUGAUAGCUUAUGCGUUAAAAAAACAAAAAAAUUGUCUAUCUUUCUAAGAACCGCUAAUUAUUGAUAGACAUUUGAACUAUACAAAACUUAAUCAAUUUUUGUUUUUAUAUAACAUUGUGUUGUUUCGCCAUCUUAUUUAAAUAAAUUAUUGAUAAGUCUGAAAAAUACUUUAUUUAAAAAAAACUUUUGAGUUAGAAAAUAAAGCAUCAACAAUGCCAUGUGAAAUGAUAACUCUUCAACUUGGCCAGUGUGGCAAUCAAAUUGGAUUUGAAUUUUGGAAGAGACUUUGCGCUGAACAUGGAAUAAGUCCUGAAGGUAUUUUAGAAGAUUUUGCUACUGAAGGUACAGAUAGAAAAGAUGUUUUUUUUUAUCAAUCAGAUGAUGAACAUUAUAUACCAAGAGCUGUGCUUCUUGAUUUAGAGCCUCGAGUUAUUCAUACUAUAAUGAACUCACCUUAUUCUAAACUUUAUAAUCCAGAAAAUAUUUAUUUAUCAAAACAUGGUGGUGGAGCAGGAAACAAUUGGGCAUCGGGUUAUCAUCAAGGUGAAAAACUACAAGAAGAAAUUUUUGAUAUUGUAGAUCGAGAAGCAGAUGGAAGUGAUAGUUUAGAGGGAUUCGUAUUGUGCCAUUCAAUAGCUGGAGGUACCGGUUCUGGGAUGGGAUCAUUUAUGCUAGAAUCUUUAGCAGAUAGAUUUCCUAAGAAGUUGAUCGAAACAUACAGUGUAUUUCCGAAUCAGGAUGAAAUAAGUGACGUUGUUGUGCAGCCUUAUAAUUCUCUUUUAACCCUCAAAAGACUAACGCAAUGUGCAGACUGUGUUGUGGUACUAGAUAAUACAGCUCUGAAUAGAAUUGCAACGGAUCGACUUCACAUUCAAAAUCCAAGUUUCACGCAAAUUAAUAAACUUGUGUCUACAAUUAUGUCUGUCAGCACAACAACACUAAGAUAUCCUUCAUAUAUGAAUAAUGAUUUAGUAGGAUUAAUCGCUCCAUUAAUUCCAACUCCAAGACUUCAUUUUUUGAUGACAGGGUAUACACCUCUAACGACAGAUCAAGAAGGACAAUCUGUUCGAAAAACCUCUGUUCUUGAUGUCAUGCGACGUCUUCUUCAACCGAAAAACAUGAUGGUAUCAACAGCACUUGAUAGAAAUGCUUCCCACUGUUACAUAUCAAUAUUGAACAUAAUUCAAGGAGAAGUAGAUCCAACUCAAGUUCAUAAAUCACUCCAGAGAAUCAGAGAACGCAAACUAGCUCAGUUUAUACCUUGGGGGCCAGCGAGCAUCCAAGUCGCUCUAUCGCGAAAAUCUCCAUAUAUUCAAAGUGCACAUAGAGUUUCAGGGUUGAUGCUUGCUAAUCAUACAAAUAUAUCUUCAUUAUUUGAUCGUGCUUUACAACAAUAUGAUAAACUGCGAAAGCGUGAAGCUUUCCUUGAGCAGUUUAAAAAAGAAAAAAUGUUUGAAGACAACUUAGAUGAGCUUGAUAAUUCUAGAGAAGUUGUAGAAUGUCUUGUGAAAGAAUAUCAAGCUGCUACGAGAUCUGACUACCUUACUUGGAAUCCUAAUAGAGUUGAAUAAAAGUAUGUGCCAUGAACAUUGAAUAUUUGAUCUGAUAUUAAGAAUUUUUGAACAUUACCAAGUUUAACCAUUUUUAGCUUCAAAAGCAUAGUGCCAUAUUAAAUUGUUAAUUGUGCACAUUACCUAUGCAUUAAGAUUUUUGUAUGAUACUCGUGGUUAAAAUUUGAAUAAUUCCAACUGAUUUUGU